GAAAUGUGAUAUUUUAUUUCGGUGCAGCGGUCUGUUGGUGUGCCUUUAGCUGGGCUAUACGCCUUUAUAGACGCUCAAGCUGUUUGCUGCCUUUCCACGUUGGUCGAGGAGUUGACAGGUUUAAGGUCUCUAGGACCCCGCAGACACCUAGCAUGGGCGGAGGAGCAGGCGGAGAAAGGUGAAGGUACCCUCGGAGGACUGAUCAGAGGUCAGUUUUGAAAUUUCCCCAAUGAAAUAUAAGGCAGCGAAGAGGACUCGAGACACCGAUCCCCAGUCAGUUUAUUUCAAAGUAAUACGCUACGCAUUUUGCUAACGACGAAAAGGAUAAACAUAGACGGCUAUUCUUUGGCUAGCAUACAAAGAGUUGAUCUAUACAACCUUUUGUAAUGGUUCCCAUGUUGAAAACUAUAAUUAAUACCCCCACAAGUCCUUCUAAGAUACCUUAAUGGCCGGUUGUCGUUGUUGACGCUGUUUGGGAUAGCGGCGCCCCGCGGCUUUGAUGCAGCUAGGAGCAAAGAUCCAGACCAGACGUCCAUCAUAAUCCGCAGUGUCAACAUCUCCAUUCAGCGCCUGGUGGUGGAGGUUACUCCGCUGAGCCAGCCUGUUUGGACCCGCUAUGCAAGCGAACACAACGCGGGGCUUCUUGUGGUCGGACGUAGAGACGAGGACCUUGUUGAACAUCUGGGGCGAGCAGGACAUCCAGGCGGCGCUGGAUGGAAACUUCCGAAACAGCUUCGUGUACCGCGACGUUUCCCGGAGGCUGGGGGCGAUGGGGUUUGAAAGGACGCCGGAGCAAUGUAGGGUGCGGAUCAAAAGCCUCAAGAGACAGUACUUGUUAGCGAAGGAAGGUAAUCUCCGGAACAACGGGCAGUAUCACAAGAUUUGUAAGUUUUACGACACCAUGGAGAGGAUUUUGAGCAACCGGCCUGCUCUUGACCCUCAGGAGUUUACGGACAGUGGGGCGGGAGGAGAGGAGGCCGUGGAUGGCCUGGAGGAGGAUGGAGAUGAUGCUCAGGAUGUAUACUCUGAGAGCACAGGGGAGUGUCCUUACCCUGCAGAGACUGAAGUCAAGCUGGAAUACCCAACUGUUCCCAUCCCUAUCCCAGUUAAAGUGACAGUGGGUAAUAACAGCACUUCAAUGAGACCACAUAACAGCAGCCAGUCGGCAAGCAAUUUAUCAGCCAGAACGCCUAAACGGCCGAGGAAGCGGCGCGCUAACUUCCCCAUGGAGAAGCUAAUGGAGCAGUUCCUGGAGCAGAGCGCCCAGGCCGAGGACAACUUCUACCGCGUGGAGGAGCAGCGCUUGCAGGCGGAGGACCGCCGCAGAGAGGCCGAGCACGCCCGAGAGCUGCACAUGCUUCAGAUGCUCGGCCAGAUGUUCUCCAGCAUCUCCUCCUCCACAGCUGGCUCAGUGGCCACUCCCUCCAAAACAGCUCCCCCUGCCCGCGCUCCGGUGUUCUCCAGCGCCUCCCCGUCAUGUACACGUGGCCAGCCCAGUCACCUCAGACGCCCUUCACCCCAGACAGACUGUUUCGCCCAAAAGAGUCAACUGUUGAGCCCAGAUCCCCAGGCAUUAGUAUUUGAACGCUACUACAAUUUGGGGUCUGCAUCACACAGAGGCAUGGAUGAUGAUGUCAUCUCACUGAUAAAGUCCAUAGUCCCUCCGCUGACAUCCAAAAAGCACAAGGGACAAGAUGGACGUAUUGGGAUCAUUGGAGGAUGCCAAGAGUAUACAGGAGCUCCGUACUUUGCUGCCAUCUCAGCACUGAAAGUGGGGGCCGACCUGUCUCAUGUGUUCUGCACCAAAGAUGCUGCAACUGUAAUCAAAUCAUACAGCCCUGAGCUCAUAGUUCAUCCUGUUCUGGACAGUCCUAAUGCAGUGGAAGAAAUAGAAAAAUGGCUCCCAAGACUGCACGGCCUUGUGGUGGGACCAGGUCUAGGGAGAGAAGACUUGUUACUGAAAGCAGCGAAGGAGGUGAUCGAGAAGUCUAAAGCAAGAGAUAUCCCUAUAGUCAUUGAUGCAGACGGAUUAUGGCUAGUUACACAGCAACCAUCUGUCAUUCAAGGGUACCAGAAGGGCAUCCUUACACCCAACUUCAUGGAGUUCACCCGACUGUACGAGUCACUGCACCAUGAGCCCAUGGAUAGCAGCGAUCAUCAGCGCAACGUCAUGCAGCUCAGUGUAGCCAUGGGCAACCUCACCGUGGUGCUAAAAGGAGAGCAGGAUCUCAUUACAGAUGGCAGCAAGGUCAUCUCAUGCAGCAUUGAGGGCAGUGGGAGGAGGUGUGGCGGACAGGGUGAUCUCCUAUCUGGAUCUAUGGGAGUUUUGGCACACUGGGCCCAUGCUGCCUCUGCAGCUGGAAUGUUGAGAAGUGUGAAUCCAUCAGUGGUUGCAGCAUUUGGGGCCUGUUCUCUUACAAGACAGUGUAACAGUCAAGCGUUCCAGCGACAUGGCAGGUCCACCACCACGUCGGACAUGAUCCAGGAGAUUGGGUCAGCUUUCAAAAAGCUAUUUGAAAGCUGAAAAAGGCAGACUGAAAUAAAAGCUGUUGUUUUAAAGGCU